UUGUAUACCAUGUUUCGAUUUUUGCAAUUUACAAAGUGCACAGAAUCUUCGAAAUUUUUUUCGUUUCCGUGAGAGUGAUUUAAAAUGUCUACUACUAAGGAUACUGAAAAUACUACCUCUACCUACGUCCGCUCGUCUGACGCUGACAAGGACAAGACGACAGGCAAGAAGGACACAACGAGCACGAACAAGGACACUACAAGCAGCAGCACCCAUCAGGACGACACAACCAGCUACGCAUCGUACAACCGCGGCACCACAGGCACUACCGGAACCAGCACCCAGAAUCAGCAGCAUGGCCGCUAUGGGCAGGAUUACGAUACCAGCAGCAGCACUCAGCAGUAUCGUGGAACGGCUGGAACCGCUGGCGCCAUGAAUCAACAGGAAGUGCAGAGCAAGCUGCGCGAGGUGGGCAACCUGCUGCAGCGUGCUGGCCAACUCCUUCAGGAUCUGCAAGUGUCCGCCGGAGGUCAAGGAAGCGACUACCAGUCUUACGGUCAGCAGUAUACGGGACGCAGCCAGGGAGGAAACUAUUCUGGGCCAUAUGGCGGAUUUGAAUCUCACAGUCAACAGUAUCGUCAGCUGCAUGGCGGCAAUCAGUUCGGCGAUGAAUACAGCGGUCGUUAUGGACAGCAGCAGCAGUUCGGUGGCCGUUCUGAGCGUGAUACCGAUCGCGACCGUGAAUACAAUCGAGGGCGCUUUGAAGAUCGUGACCGAUUCGGUGGUAACCGAGAUGUGGAUCGUUUUGGUGGUUUCGGUGGCCCAAACCGUCCCGAUCUGGCGUAUGGUGGACGCUAUGAGCGUGGAGAGACGUUUGUGCGUGACAGCGACCGCGAUCGUCGCAACUGGAUGUAAAUGACCCGAGUGCGAUCCAGUGAUUCCAUUCGAAUUUCCAUUCUCAUUUUUUAUUUGUGGUGUUAUGGUCACAGUGAAAUAAAUUCUUUAUCGUUUGUUUAUUAAAUGUUGCGUGCUCGUUUGAAGUCGUUUCUAUUCAAUGCUGUGCUAAUAUUAUUGUGAGGGGGCAGUGCAUUAGUUAUGCUUUUGUGAGUAAACUGAAAUUAUCUUUGACCGUGAACAAGAGGUAUUAAAGAUCAAUAGAUACUGAUAAA